AUGUCUUACCUACAGCGACACCCACCACCCGACGACGACUCUACCGACGAGGAACAUGAUACCGUCGACCCGGACCUUCGUUUGCGCACCGUGCGCACGGCGGCCAGCACUAUCGCUGAGUCUGCACGCCAGGAGGAUCGCAAGCAGAAGCGGAAAUUGUCAGUGAAGGGCGUGUUCCAUAGGAGGUCGCAGAAGAAGAAGGAGCAGCAGCGCCGUGGGUCGCAGGACCCGUCGGGUGGAGGCGAGGCGUCGGCCCCGCACGUCACCGGAUCGCGGAGAAAGGUGUACGUGAACUGUCCACUGCCCCGCGAAGACGUAGACCAUCGCGGGGAGCCAUUGGUCCAGUACAAGAGGAAUAAGGUCCGCACGAGCAAGUACACUAUCCUCACGUUCCUCCCGAAGAACCUCUAUGAACAGUUCCGACGCGUUGCGAACAUAUACUUCCUGGCCCUCGCUAUUCUGCAGAUAUUCAGCGUGUUCGGUGCAACGACGCCUCAGCUCGCGGCUCUCCCUCUUAUCUUUAUCCUGGCGGUGACAGCGAUCAAGGAUGGCGUCGAGGACUACCGCCGAGCCAGUCUCGACGAGGAAGUUAACACCUCGGCAGCGACGAAGCUGGGGCAGUGGCGAAACGUGAAUCAGCUCACGGACCCGCGCUCAUGGUUCGAGCGGCUGCUGCGUAUCAAUCCACCCGGGCGCAUCACGAAGGGCGUGCGCAAGCUGCGGGAGCGAGAAGCACAGGAGGGCAUGGAGAUCAUACUCAGCAAGGGAUUGGAAGGCGAACUCGUCAGCGUGCGUGCAUCCCAAGAUCCCAAUCCGUCGUUCACGUCGCUUCCGCCGGAUGCGUCACUCGCCCACAAGCUCGACAGCCCUGGCGCAAGUCCGAAAGUGAUACACAGGAUGCCCAGCAUGGAAAAUCACAGCUAUCCGCCAAAUCAGGGCGCUGGCGUGCCCGGCGCCCCGCAUCGGACACACCGCGCUGGCCUUGGUUCAUGGUCGGGCGGGUCGGGCACGCUCGCGAUAUACCAGGAAUCGGUGCACUCGCGGUCGAGCAUGGGCGUCGUCAAUGAUGGGCAGCGGACAGCGGGCUUCGCGCGGUGGGAGCGGACGUUGUGGAAGAAACUUGAGGUCGGUGACAUCGUGCUCCUACGCGAGAAUGAGCAGAUCCCCGCGGACAUCGUCGUACUGUCGACCUCCGAUCCGGACAACAUGUGCUAUGUGGAGACGAAGAACCUGGACGGCGAAACGAACCUGAAGCCACGCAAGUCCGUGCGCGCGACGUCCGCUAUCACCUCGGAAGAGGAUCUCGAGCGCUCGUCUUUCAUCCUGGAUUCCGAGCCACCGCACCAGAACCUCUACUUGUACCAUGGCGUCCUCCGUUACAGGGACACGGAGAACGGGGGAAUGAAGCAGGAGUCGGUCUCGAUCAACGAGCUGCUCUUGCGAGGUUGCACGCUGCGCAACACAGCAUGGGUCAUCGGUCUUGUCGUGUUCACCGGUCCGGACACGAAGAUCAUGCUCAACGGUGGCGCGACCCCGUCCAAGCGGUCGAAGAUUGAGAAGGAGACGAACUUCAACGUUAUCGUGAACUUCGUCAUCCUCAUCAUCAUGUGCCUCAUCUGUGCGAUCGCAAACGGCUUGUACGAUGCGAAGAGCGGAACGAGCGCCGACUUUUUCGAACAGGGCUCGCAGCCGUCCAACAGCAAUGUCCUCAACGCUGUAGUCACCUUCGUGUCGUGUCUGAUUGCCUUCCAAAACAUCGUUCCGAUCUCACUGUACAUCUCCAUCGAGAUUGUCAAGACGAUCCAGGCAUUCUUCAUUUCCCAAGACAUCGACAUGUACUACAAGCCUCUAAACGCUGCGUGCACGCCCAAGACGUGGAAUAUUUCGGACGACCUCGGGCAGAUCGAGUACAUCUUCUCGGACAAGACUGGCACGUUGACACAGAACGUCAUGGAGUUCCAGAAGUGUUCAGUGCACGGCGUUGCGUAUGGCGAAGGUGUCACGGAAGCCCAGCGCGGUGCUGCCAAGCGUGCCGGCGUACAGGACGCUCUCGACCCGCAAGAGCAAGAGGACGUGCUACGCCGCCUCAAGGACGACAUGCUCACGAAGAUGUCGCGGGCGUUCAAGAAUCGGUACCUUCAACAGCAGAAGUUGACUCUUAUCUCGCCCCAGCUUGCAGAGGACCUCGCAAACAAGGCGUCGGAGCAACGUUCGCACCUGAUCGCCUUCUUCCGUGCCCUUGCAAUAUGCCACAGUGUGCUGUCGGAUCGUCCGGAGCCGCACGAGCAGCCCUAUCACCUCGAGUACAAAGCCGAGUCGCCUGAUGAGGCCGCCUUGGUCGCUGCUGCUCGCGACGUCGGGUUCCCAUUCGUCCAGAAGACCCGCGAGGGCUUCGAUAUCGAGGUAAUGGGCCAGCCGGAGCGACAUCAACUGCUGCAGAUGAUCGAGUUUGACAGCACGAGGAAACGGAUGAGCGUCAUUGUGCGCAACCCGCAGGGCCAACUCGUUCUGUACACGAAGGGCGCGGAUAGUGUCAUCUACGAGCGGCUUGCGCCUGACCACGACCCGGAGCUGAAGGCGAAGACGUCGCAGGACAUGGAGGCAUUCGCCAACGGAGGCUUGCGGACACUCUGUAUUGCGUAUAGGAACCUGAGCGAGGAAGAGUAUCUCACUGGCAAAGUGUCUAUGACGCGGCGACGAGCGCCAUCACCGACCGCGAUGCUGAAAUCGACAAGGCGACGAGAUGAUCGAGCAUUCGUUGACCAUCCUGGAGCGACUGCGCUCGAAGACAAGCUCCAGAAGCGCAAACACAAUCGAGGCUGGGAUCAACAAGAUUGCGUCGAUGAUCGGCCUGCCUUCCGUCAACAAACAGGACGAGGCUUCGUAGCCGGAGCGCAAUCGGCGUUCGCGGUCGUCAUUGACGGUGACACGCUGCGUCAUGCGCUCUCUCCGGCGAUGCAAGGGAUGUUUCUCAACCUCACUACGCAAUGCGAGACCGUCGUCUGCUGUCGUGUCUCACCUGCACAGAAGGCGCUCGUCGUGAAACUGGUCAAGGACGGCCGGGAUGCCAUGACCUUGUCUAUAGGCGACGGUGCCAAUGACGUCGCGAUGAUUCAGGAGGCGAAUAUCGGUUGCGGCUUACUCGGCCACGAGGGCUCGCAAGCUGCCAUGUCCGCAGACUACGCAUUCGCUCAGUUCCGUUACCUCACCAAGCUCCUCGUUGUUCACGGGAGGUGGUCAUACCAGCGCGUUGCUGACAUGCACAGCAAUUUCUUCUACAAGAAUGUCAUCUGGACUUUUGCAUUGUUCUGGUAUAUGAUCUUCAAUAAUUUCGACGCUACUUAUCUGUACCAGUACUCUUUUAUUCUGCUUUGCAACCUUCUCUUCACGUCAUUGCCGGUCAUUGUCAUGGGCGCCUUUGACCAGGACAUUAAUGCGAAGGCGGCGCUCGCAUUCCCACAGCUGUAUAUCCGCGGCAUUCGCGGGCUCGAGUACACGCGCACCAAGUUCUGGAUGUACAUGCUCGAUGGGCUGUACCAGUCGGUAGUUGUGUUCUUCAUUCCUUACCUAGCAUGGACACUGGGUCUGCCUGCAUCCUGGAAUCACGGCCGGACGUUCGAAUCCCAGGCGGAUCUGGGUACUACGGUCGCUGUCGCCGCUAUCUUUGCUGCGAACAGCUACGUUGGUCUGAACACUCGCUAUUGGACAGUUAUCACAUGGAUCGUUGUCAUCGGGUCCUCCAUGGUCAUGGUCCUGUGGAUCGUGGUGUAUUCGUUCUUCAACACGCCUAACUUCAACGACGAAGUCGUGGUUCUUUUCUCGGAGGUGACAGUCUGGGCGGCUAUCAUAAUGUCUGUCGUGGUUGCAUUAGGCAAGUACUUUACCCACACAGGAUGUAUUUCGCUAACAGUACAUACAGCGCCGCGGUUCAUCGUCAAGUACAUCAAGAGUGCCUACAUGCCCCUGGACAGAGACAUUGUUCGGGAGAUGUGGGUUAUGGGCGAUCUCAAGGACCAGCUUGGCAUCGAGCACAGGCGGCACAGAAAGCACAACCCGAGAUACGACUCUGAGAAGGCGCCGAUGUUCCAACAGCCGCACUAUCGCUCCGAGUCCGAGGCCUCGCACGUCAACGUUGACAGGACGCUACCCUCACAGGACGAGAGCAGCGGGGACAGUAUCUCACCACCGCCAUCUGCGAGUCUCAUGGGACGAGCGGCCACUCACGAGGCUUUCCAUGAAAACACUCAGCGCGAAGACCUCUUGGGCUCUUCCCCUCGCAGACCCUACUAUCAUGGCGUCCUUGACGAGACACGUUUGUCGUACUAUUCAGCUUCAGACAUCCCCGCUCCUUCACCAAUACCUCCUGCGACGCAAUACACCCGCACACCUCCGAUGUCGACUGUCAACUCAGACCUCGUGUCGACAUACUCGCAGCCGCCUCACUUGAUGCGACCGUCGUCCGCCGACCCGGGAACACCGGAGACGUUCGAAAUGCAUGUGAGGGAGCCGUCUGGCGAGUGGCAGGAUUCGGCUGAGCAGACAGCAUACUAUGUGCCACCCGAUACAUCGUACGGAUACGAUGACCGGCCGCCAGACGACGACUUGACACCGAGCCAUUCGCAGCAGCCUUCGCGCGAAUCGAUGUACGGGCAAGCCAUCUAG